GCGUCUAACUGCCUCUAAGGAAAACGCGCCCCGCCAUCAGGCGGCUGUUGCAGGAGCCGGGCCGGGGCGGAGGGAGCGGCGGCCGGCGUCGUCGCGUGGGUCUGGGCGGCGUCGCCUGACGGGGAACGACGAGGCCGCCUUCCCUUCCCUUCCCUCCGAGGCCGCCCGCGGCCCUCCGGCCUCUCCCCGCCAUGCUCUCCCGCCUGCUGAAGGAGCACCAGGCGAAGCAGAGCGAGAGGAAGGAGCUGCAAGAUCGGCGGCGCCGAGAGGCCAUCGCUGCAGCCACUUCCUUAACAGAAGCUCUCGUUGACCACUUGAACGUAGGGGUCGCACAGGCCUAUGUGAACCAGAGGAAGUUGGACCACGAGGUGAAGACGCUGCAGAUCCAGGCGGCUCAGUUUGCCAAGCAGACGGGCCAGUGGAUCAGCAUGGUGGAGAACUUCAACCAGGCUCUGAAGGAAAUUGGCGACGUGGAAAACUGGGCACGUAGCAUUGAGAUGGACAUGCGAACCAUCGCCACAGCCCUGGAGUACGUCCACAAAGGGCAGCUGCAGCCCUCCACCUCCUGAAGCAAGAGCCACCCUCUUGGUCCUCUCGCUGCCUGCAGAGCUCGGGUGCCUGUCCUUGACAGCACGGCAGAUACAACUUCUUUCAUGCCGUGGUGGCCAGCGGGAGGCCAGUAGAAUGGCCACCUCGUUACUACAUUUCCGUGGCUGCCUUUUUGCAGCAACGCGUGAUCUCCUCCCCCCACCUGCUGCGAGGGGUGUUGUCGUUGGGCUAUAUUUCCACAGCUUUUGGCUUCCCCUGUGCACCUGCUGAGCCAGUGUGAAGGGUACCUGGUGAGUCAAAACCAGACUGGCACAGGUUAGGAGGAAAGAGCCGGCACGACACAGAGACAGAAGAAAGCGUUGUGCCUCUUUCAGACCAGCUUAGCUCGAGCUGUCUUGUGAAAUCUCACAAUAAAAAAACAUGGUUGAAA